CAAACAAGCACCCUCUUAAUAAUCACACUAUCACACGUACCAAAAUUUCCCUUUUGUAUUCAAGUCCAAACCCUCAAAUUCUUUGUUCACUGUAGCUCGUCUUAAUUGAAGAUUAUCAGUGCGAAUAUUGUUGCGCAAGAUUGGAGAUUGAUCCCUCAAUUCAGCUCCAAGGAUCGGAUCCGAUCGGAUAAAUUAGUUCCGAUUUGUUCAACUUCUUCCACUUCCCCCCUUACCUUUUGGUUAGCCUGAUGCUUCCGGUGAAUAAUCAAUAAAUUUCGAAUCUUGUUUGAGAAUUUUCAGCUGAGAGAAGAGAAGUUAAGUCAUGUUCUAUGGUACGGUGACGUGGGAUCCGUGGCUGAUAGUGGCUCAAAUCGCGUGCCUUCAAUGUCUGUACUAUCUCAGCCUCGGAUUGUUUCUGUCAAUUCUCGUCGGCCCCCGGGUAGCGAAGAUGAGCCUCGUGUAUUUCUUCGAUUUUGCCACGAUUACUGCCUCCUCUUUGACUGGCUGGUUUGUUAUUGCUUCCAUUGUCCUCAGCUCAAUAGCCGGAGCUGUAUUUUUAGUGUAUAUAGUGGAAAGGGCAAAGAAAUGUCUGGAUUUCUCUGCAACUCUUUACAUAAUCCACCUUCUCAUUUGCUUAGCAUACGGAGGUUGGCCUUCAUCUAUAACAUGGUGGGUUGUGAACAUUACCAGUCUAGUUUUGAUGGCAUUGUUGGGUGAAUAUUUGUGCAUGAGGCGUGAAUUACGAGAAAUCCCUAUUGCAAGAUAUCGAUCAGUAAAUGCAGAUGUAUAAUGAGUGUAAACUUUUGAAGGCCAGUAUUAAUUGAGAGCCUGUGCUGAAAUUGUUGAUGAAGCUUAUGCCAUUAUUUGUAGCUAUAUUUAUUGUAUGGAAUUGGUCCCACCUGCUGCUGGCGUUUGGACAUAGCUCAUUGCUUAAUAGUACUUUUUGUUGAUCGAGUUUCGCUGAAAGAAUUCUGAGCACUGCUUGUCAAAUUGAAUUAUUGAUAGUGUAGUUAGAUUCAUCAUGCAUUCGAUUGAGUAUCACGGAGAAGACUUAUUAAAUGUUUGGUUCUGAGGAUUAAAGAGUAGAAAGGAGCAUUGGUUUUACUAAAUCUUACUGUUUUUGUUUUUUGUUUCCCUUUAUACAAUACCAGAAAAACAAAAGAACCCUCUAGUGCAUAUGGGAAGGUGCUUCCUUAUAGUGUAUUUUAUGCAAAUUGAUUUUUUAAACUAAAU